UCCACCAGCGGUGCAUCGGCAACAUCGUCUCCGUUGCCAGAGCCAUUCGAUAAUACGCCAGCCUCUGCCUUUCAAAGCUCAGGCUCAACCGACGCAUGCCCCAAAUUCAUAUCGAGUCUUCUAUCAAACCCAACUUUCAAGAGCUGCUACCCGCUUUCCAUGAUGCUCCAGUCUUCAACUGGCUUCUUCCAAGCCGAAAAGUCGCUUCUCAGCAUAGUGCAGGUGCUAGACGCAACUUGCAAAGCUGACUCGUCGACUUGUGCAACCUUUAUGAGUCAAGCCGCGACGAAUCUGACCAUGGCCAGUAACUGCAAGACCGAGGUUGAACAAAAUCAGACUCUGGUUCUUCAAGCAUACGACGGUCUGCUGGCUUACAAGACGGUAUAUGCGGCAACCUGUCUUCAAAACCCUACCUCGAGCCAAUAUUGCUUUGCAAACGCAGUCACCAAUCUCAAUACGCCAUCAGAUGCCUAUCUCUACUUCUUGCCCUAUGGCAUAGCCUUGCCUGGCAGCUCCAACCCAUCGUGCAGCUGGUGCACCCAGCAGACUAUGGACAUUUAUUACUCUGCCUCUGCAGUCCGCAGCUCACUAGUUGCCGGUGUCUACCAGGCCGCGGCACGCCAAGUCAACACUUUGUGCGGCCCUAAUUAUGUCAACAGCACUCUGCCACCAGCUUCAUCA